AUGCCAUAUGAAGAUCAGUGUGGCCGCACAUGUGGCUUCCUCAACAUAGAAGAAGAGGAGAAUACUGGGGUUUUCAAGCGGAGAUACUUUCAGCUUGAUUCCCACUACAACAAACUGCAUUACUUUAAGGAUAACCCUAUAAACCUUAAUAGACAUGCACGAAAUCCUGUUUGGGAGAUUGAACUUCAUAAGGUCUCAAAGGUGAGUGAUGCACGCAAACUACGGCCUAAAGUGGAUUUCUGUUUUGUUGUGAAUUUCGCAGGACGCCGCUUCUUCCUUCAAGCUGAGGACCAGGCUGAUAUGAAUAAAUGGAUUGAUGUUCUAAACAAUGCCAGCAAAAUUAUUGUACCAAAAUCCGAGGUCUACAAACAGGAAGCAAUGGAAUGGCACUAUGGUGACUUAUCUCAGGCCAGUUACAGAACACAGGUGGCUGGUGGAGUGGUGUGUAAAAUUGCCCAAGAGACCAGUGCUGAUGAGCUAAGUAACAGUACAGACAGUGAUGAGAAUGAUAUGGGAAGAGGGAUUCCUGCCUGUCACCUGGCAGCUCAUAAGUCUGGUUAUGCAGUCAAGCAAGGAGCAGUGCGGAAAAAUUGGAAAAGAAGAUUUUUUGUACUCACAGAUCAAGGCAUUUCAUAUUAUCAUUCAGAACAUUCUUUAUCACCCAUACGAACAAUACCCAAGAGUAAUUUAUUAGAAGUCAGAGUAUCACAAGGAAUCCAUCCUGACAGAGACAAUUUGUUUGAAGUACUUACAUCCAAAAGAAUAUUCUAUGUACAAGCAGAUUCUCCCACAGAUAUGCACAGCUGGAUUGAUGCUAUUCGGAAACUCCUUCGGACAGUUAAAUCUGAAGAGAGAAAGUCUAUGCAAGAUGGUGGCAACAAGAACUUAAACUAUGAAGUUGAACUUGUCUAUCCCAAAGGCCAAUGGGGAGGAGCUACACCUGAAAGACAAGCCAAAGGCAGUAAAAAUGCCACCAAAGUCCGUAAGAAAGUCUGGUUAUUUUGGUAG